AUGCCGAUUGAUAACCCUCCAAAUCAACCCCAAACCUUACUCACACCAGUAUUUUUUGAUGGUUUCCAUAAUCCCAGCAUCAAGGAGUUGGAAGAACAUCUCGGACAUUAUCCUACUGGAUAUAGGUUUUGCCCAACAGAUGAAGAGCUCGUUGGGUAUUAUUUGGAGAAAAAGAUAUCGAACCAAAGACUGCCGGUGAGCCGGAUCGUGUCGGCUAAUGUAUAUCUUCACAGACCCGAGUGUCUUUCAGAGAUAUUCAAGGAUUAUGGACAAACGGAUCAUUGGUACUUUUUCACUCCAAGAAAUCGAAAGUAUCAAAAUGGAAAUCGUCCAAAUCGAUCAGCCAAUGGUGGAUAUUGGAAGGCCACAGGAGCUGACAAGCCAAUCAUCAACUCCUACGGAAAACUAAUCGGGUUUAAGAAAUCAUUGGUUUUCUACAUAGGAAAAAAUCCAAAUGGUGUCAAAACAAACUGGAUUAUGCAUGAAUUUACAGUGAAGAAUCCUCCUCGAAACAAAAGGGAAGCAAAUGACAUGAGGUUGGAUGACUGGGUUUUGUGUAGGAUUAAGAAGAAAAUCAAGAAAUUCUCCAGAACACGUGUUGGAGGGGAUGUGGAUCAUAAUGAAACAUCUAUCCUUGAUGAUUCGGAGAACAAUGAUCAGACUCCUUCAGGUUUGGAGAAUGCCAUUAAUAUAGAUCCUGAACCAAUGGCAAUUGCCCAUGAUCAAUUCAAUAGUAAUCUACAUGAUGAUCAAUAUCAUGAAGGAGCAUUGGUUGAUCCUGCUCAGAUGGUUCAACCUGCAAUUGACUGUAGUCCUCCAGCUCCUUUGGUGGAUUACACAGAGAAUGUCUUUGAGCCAGUUUGGAACCCUACGUCUCCUGAUUCUGAAAACUUCAAAUAUUUGCAAGAUUUGGAUUUCGAUUACACUGAUACAUUGUUUGCGGAUAAUUUGCGGCUUCCUGAUCAGAAUAACGUACCAUUCAAAAGACUCAAAAUGUACGUUUGA